CUUUAGCAGUUGCCUUGUUUACAACCCGCACCAACCCACCUUUCUCACCUUUAAUCUUAUUCAAAUCCCACACGAGCUCUUUGUCUGCGCAAUCAGCACACACACACACACUUACAAGUCUUUUGAUCAGUUUCCCAAGUCCCGCAACUCAAAGCUUCUGUUACUAUGGGCGCCGAGAUGAAGGUCUACACUUUGGAAGAGGUCUCCCAGCACAGCGAUCGCAAAGACUGCUGGCUCGUCAUUGAUGGCAAGGUGUAUGAUGUGACAAAAUUCUUGGAGGACCAUCCUGGCGGUGAUGAGGUCUUAUUGUCAUCCACAGGGAAGGAUGCAACUGGUGAUUUUGAUGAUGUUGGCCACAGUACCUCUGCUAGAGCAAUGAUGGAUGAAUACUAUGUUGGUGACUUUGAUAAGGCAUUCGUCCCUGCUAAAACAGCGAAGUACACUCCUCCCAAGCAGCCUGACUACAAUCCGGACAAAACACCCGAUUUCAUCAUCAGACUCCUCCAGUUCCUUGUUCCCCUGCUCAUUUUAGGUCUGGCUUUUGUUGUGCGCGCCUAUACUAAAUCAUCAACGGCCUAAAUGCUGCAAACCAACAAAGAUAAUUGAGAAGCUUGUCUUUUAAUAAGUUUAUCUUAGGGCGUUGAAUGACCUUUUGUUAGUUUUUCAACUUUUCAUGUCCAGAAUUAUUCAUCAAGGAGUGUUACGGUACUUGACUUCUUACUGGUAAUGAUUUUUGCCAGCCUUUUGGUUUGCCCGAAGUGAAUGCUCUUGUGAUCUCA